AAGGUUGGCAACAGUUGCAAGUGUGUCUUAUUUCUGUUUCUGUUGACGCGGCAGACAGUUUUUUGCAAAUGUGCAAUAAAUAAUAUUUUCUGAAAAAUUUAUUUAUUAUAAAAAUGAAGUGGUUUAGUGUGGGACUUUUUCUAAUUGCAUGGUGCAGUUAUGCGAAUGCAUAUUUCAUAACUGUAGACGCACACGCGGAGGAAUGCUUUUUUGAAAAAGUAGAAUAUGGAACCAAAAUGGGUUUGAUUUUCGAGAUAGCGGAGGGUGGAUUUUUGGAUAUUGAUAUGACAAUAGUCGGUCCAGACGGUAAUGUUGUUCAUCACGUUGAACAGGAGACAAGUGGAAAGUAUUCGUUUUCGGCUAAAAUUCCUGGAAUUUAUACAUAUUGCUUUAGUAAUCAAAGAAGUACUUUAACGCCCAAGGUCGUUAUGUUCAAUAUGGAAGUUGGAGAACCACCGAAAGCUCCAGGUUUAGAAACACAUGCCGAUGGUACCGAUGGAAAUCAUGUUAAAUUAGACAAAAUGAUCAGCGAUCUCAGCAAUAGUUUAUGGGGUGUUAAAAAUGAACAGGAGUACAUGGAGGUUCGAGACAGAAAUCACAGGGCAAUUAAUGAGAGCACAAACUUUCGAGUGGUUGUCUGGUCAUUUUUCGAAGCUUCCGUUUUAGUUUGUAUGUCUCUAGGUCAAGUUUACUAUUUAAAGAGGUUUUUCGAAGUUCGAAGAGUUGUGUAAUAAAAUAUUCUUAUUAAAAAUUAAUUUAUAAAUAUACACGCGAAUGUUGCCAAGCAGAGUGAAUUUUUUUUUUAUAGUUACGAUUACGAAUUGACAAAAGAAAUAAAUCGGAAAAACUGGAUAUUUUUCAAAAUUCCAUUUUCAAUUUUCUAAUUUGUAAGAAUGUUUCUUUCUUUCUUUCUUUCUUUUUUUUUUGUUUUGUGUGAAAAAAGUAACGCACGGAUGUUUUUCUCUUGAAUGAAACGUCUUGUAUAUAAUAUUUACAUAUAAUUAUAUUGUUUUCUGUACAUGAAAAAAAUGUAUCUAAGUAAUAAACUUUUACAAGGA